AUGGUCUACAGAAGCGGACCAAGAUGGACCACUCUGCAGAGACUGGAAAAGCACCUCCCAAGUACUUUUGAACCUGAGGACAGCGACAAAAUGAGUUUCCACAGAUCUAAACGGACGCUCCGCAAUGGAUUUAGUCACCAUUCCAGCUUAUCUCUGGCCACCCUGGAGUGCCACGCACAGCUAGUUACAACUGGUGAAAGCUGUCAGACUAGGUCCAGCACCUUAAGGUGGGGCAAGUGUCAGAGGCUGCAACACAACAGCGCCUCUGUGAAGGACUGCUUGAGAGAAUGCGGCUUUGUGACCAACCUCCGCCAGACCCAGACACCCCUCCCUUCAAGGAAAUGUGCUCUGGAGUUGCCGACACAGUUCAUAGGUCAAAGAAACUGUGGAGUGCCUGUUUGCAUGGAGGACCAACAAUCCAGCUCUGUUACUAAGCCACAGCCUUCAGGGCAGGCUGAGGCAAACCAGCACACCUUUGACAGACAACCCAGACUGAAAUCCAACUGCAGUAGCAAUCAAGAACACUCCAGCGUUGACAGAAUUGAGCAGAAGUCAAUGGGACACAUGGUGGAAGAUGGGGAUGGGCCCAGGCCCACGCAUGAAGUUAUUUUCUCUACAGAAGUUCCACAGAACACCACCAGAGAACAAGGCCUGAGCGAAGAGGAAAGUUACGCUUUUAGUUCCAAGAAUUCACAGAGGAUUCUUCGGGACCAGAUUUGCAGAGUGGUUGUGAAUCUUGAGGAAGUUCUCCGGGGCUUGAAAGAAGUGCAUCUGGAGAUGAAAGAGGUGGUCCAACAGAUUGACCAGCUGACCUCCAACAUUGACCUAGGAGAGGAGGAUGCCAAAGAGUCUUGUGGCGGUUCCAGCUCCAGCAGGAGAGUGCUUACAGCAGAGGAGGCACUCAAGCAAACAGAUCCCAAGAUUCACCCAGGCAGAGACACCUCUGAGCCAUCUAACAGCCCCUCCCAUAUCCCUUCAACGGUGCCAAGGGCCAAGAAAAGGUUUCAGGCAUCUACCAAAGGCCAGCCUGGGGAGAAAAGCACUCCUCGUUUGCCUCCACCAGCGUACCCAACUGGACACUCUGGCACAAACAGUUUAGUGCGGAAAUCAAAUCAUGGAGUGACAGAAAGUAAGGGAUCCAAGCCAGAGGCUGCUAGAGGCCACAAGAGCCAGAAGCCACCUCCUUAUCCUUUUGGCAGCAAAGCUGAAAGGGCAAAUAAAGGGAAAGAUCCAGACCUGAAAUCUCCCCCUUACUCGAACAGGCGGAAACUGCUCUCCACCACUGUCUAAGGGGGCAGCUGCUUCGGGGCAGCCGGCUAGCGGAAGAUUACUCACCAGCUUUGGAAGAAGCCGGUAUCCAAGGUGAUGGGCACCGUUAAAUAGACUGAGAGAGACCGGAGAAGCUGAAGAAGAACUCACCAGGAACAAAGGACACCUAGACAGAAUCAGUAUGUAUGAUAUAUAUAAUGUUGAAAUACAAUCCUUAAAUGUACUCCACAUGGCAUUUUUGAGCAUAUAAGACCAGUCCUUGACUGGAAAGAAGUGCUAGAGGGGAAACUGGUGGUUUUGUUUUGGGGGAAAAAAGCUGAAAAUAGAUCCAACCAUCACAUGUUUUUAAGAUACCUUUGUAAAAAUGCACACAUUUUUCAAUACAAAAGAAAAGCCCAAGGAAAAUAUUAAUCUUUGAUAUCUGAUAUCUAGAUCACUUCAUGCUGUCCCUUAUACAUCAUCAGUCAUGUUUAUUGCAAGAUACAAUUUCUACAAGUCUCUGAUAAAAGUCUUUUAACAAUUUGUUGAGUUUUGCUUUAGAAGGUCUCUUCAUCUCUUUCUCUGGCUUGGUUUCCAUUGCUCAGAUGUCACAGGAGACAGGAGAUGUUCAGUGAUGGAGCUUCAUUCAAGAACUCUCCAGAGCUUCAGCUACCCAUCUUCUGUGUACAGUAGCAGAGUGGGAAUGUUGGGGUUCAAGCAAUCAGAGCUCAUCAUGGCGCGUCCGACCAAUGAGGGUCAGCUUUGAGAGUUCAGCACGGAAUUUACCGUCCUUGUGGGUCACUGAAAGAAACCACAAAACGUGAGAAACCAUAGAAAUGUGACUGCAGGUGCUACCCUGGUGUUAAUCGUACUGUGAGCCUGAAGUCAUGAAGAGGAGACAUAAGAAGGAGAGGUCUUACCUGUAGUAUCACCUACUGCGUACUCCUCAUCCUUUAGAGGAACAUCCUUCUGACCUCCAACAGCUGCCUGGGACUGAAAGAGAGAGACCGAGGGAAAGAAAAAACACUGAGAAAAAGAGAAAUGAUUGAUGCCAGAGAGCAAGAACACCACAAACACCUGAGAAAUCGAAUCGCAUCUGUUGAGUUUUUAUUUCUUUCAAGAAAUAAUAAAAAAAUAAAAAAAUAAAAAAAGGGGUCUGCCACAAAGAACAACACUACUGACUGCAAUGAUUUUGAUGAGGACAUGCUCUGCAAUACCUCCCAAGAGCCUGCAUGCUCUGAGCUUUUGAUCCGAGAUGACAAGAUUUUAUGAUUUAGAUUAAGUUUUGAUCUAGAGCCUCCAUCAAACAGACCGACUAUCGCACAGACAGGUUUAACACAUGCUGAUUUUACCAGUUAUGAUGUAUUUUAAAACUGAUGAUGUAUAUAAAGACUCUGGUUUAGGUAUUUUGCGCUGAUGCCAAUAUUCAAUAUUGUUCAUUUAAAGGUCUGUUGUGUUUUUGAACACAAACAGAAACUGAAACAUGUAACAUUUGCAAUAAAAAAGAAAAAUAUGUAUUUUUUUUCACAGUAGCUCAAAAUCACUUAUAUGCAAUAAAAGAGGAAUUUCCAACAA